AUGAAUUCUCAGGAGUUUCGUGAGGCGGCGAAGGCUGCUAUUGACGACAUCACGAAGUAUUAUGACAAUGUCGGCUCCCAAAAGGUUCUCUCUACCGUGACGCCAGGCUAUCUCCGUCCUCUCCUCCCAGCCUCGGCGCCAGCAAAGGGAGAGUCCUGGGAGGCGAUUCAUGCUGACAUUGAGUCCAAAAUUUUGCCUGGAAUUACACACUGGGCAAGUCCAAAAUUCAUGGCCUUCUUCCCGUGCUCAAGCAGCUUUCCCGCUGCUUUGGGUGAAAUGUACUCCAACACCUUCAGCGGAGCACACUUCAACUGGAUCUGCAGUCCCGCGGUGACGGAACUUGAGACCAUUGUCAUGGACUGGCUUGCUCAGGCUUUUGGCCUGCCCGAGUGCUAUCUUAGCGGCGGUAGUACUCAUGGAGGCGGGGUCAUCCAUGGUAGCGCGAGCGAGGCUAUUCUCACCGUCAUGUGUGCUGCGCGUGACAAAUAUCUUGCUGCAGUCACCAAAGACCUGCCUGAUGGAGAAGAAAAGGAGGAAACGCUUUGGACAUAUCGCAGUAAACUGGUUGCUUUGGGGAGCGCCGGCUCUCACUCGAGCACCAAAAAAGCCGCACAGGUUCUCGGCGUUCGGUUUGCUGCUAUUUCCGUAACCGAGGAAGAAGGCUUUUCCCUGACAGGGGCGGCCGUGUCGAAAACUGUGGCGGAUCUGAGGUCACGCGGCCUUCACCCUUUCUACCUAACUGCCACGAUGGGAACUACAGAUGUCUGCGCCAUUGAUGAUUUCGCGGGUAUUGCAGAAGCUUUGGCCCCUACAUUCGAUACUAGCCAGGAUAUCUGGGUUCACGUCGACGCUGCCUAUGCGGGUUCGGCUCUCUUGCUCGAGGAAAACCAGAGCUUAACACCUCCAAUGGCUCGUUUCCAUUCCUUCAACUUCAACCCGCAUAAGUGGCUGCUUACUACGUUUGAUUGCUCGGCGGUUUGGGUUCGUCGAAGAGCUUGGUUAAUCGAGGCAUUGAGUAUCAAGCCUCCCUAUCUGAGAAACCAAUUCAGUGACAACGAGCUGGUAACGGAUUACCGUGACUGGCAAAUCCCCCUGGGUCGCCGUUUCCGCUCUCUCAAGUUGUGGUUUGUUCUGCGCAGUUAUGGAAUCGAGGGUCUGCAAAAUCACAUCCGCAACGGGGUCGCCCUUGGUGAAAGUCUCCAGGCGAAGAUUAAGAGCCGACCCGAUCUAUUCACAGUAUUCACACCCGCACGUUUCGGUCUUGUUACCCUGCGCGUCAAAGGGGCCGAUGAAGAUGAGAUUAAUGCACGCACUGAGGCACUGUAUGAGUCAGUGAACGGCACAGGCGAGUUCUAUCUGACAAGUACUGUUGUGAAUGGUAAAUUUGCUAUUCGCGUGUGUACUGGUGUUGAGCGAGUGAGAGAAGAGCACGUGCAACAACUUUUUGAUGAGUUCGUUGUAAGGACCAAAAUUAACGUGAACGGCAAACAAUGA